ACCAAUCCAGACGCAGAAAGUAGAGUCCACACACUGAACUCUCCUCAGGUCUCUGCAGCAGCAGCAACAUGCAGGUUCUGACGGUUCAGAGGGGUUUGCUGGUCGUGCUUCUGCUGCUGGUUUCUGUGGAGCAUUCUGAGUGUGUGCGUUGUUUUGCACGCUUCGAUCUGAUCCUAGGUCAGUGUGAUGAAGACAUCGGUGAAGUGGAUGGAGACGACUGCUGUCAGAACCCUCAUUAUGGUUACCAGGCAACGGAUGGGGUGUGCCGCUCCUGUGGGCCACCUGCAUGGUCUCCCUGGUCGCCAUGGUCACAGUGUAACGUCCUUUGCGGGGAGGGAGUGACACAAAGACACAGGAAGUGUUACGGCAUCGGCAAUCCAGAUUGUGAGAACUCUGCUGACAAUGUACAGACUAAACCCUGCAAUGGCACCUGCUGCGACGCUGAAGGGUGGGGCUCGUGGCUCCUCUGGUCGCCCUGCUCGGUGACAUGUGGAGAGGGCGGAGUUAGGACGAGAGAGAGGAUCUGUUCGAGCCCUCAUGAGUGUCGCUCUGCCUGCAGUGGUCCAUCAGAGGAGACAGAGGUGUGCCCAACACACACCACCUGUCCAGUUCAUGGAGGUUGGACGGCUUGGUCUGGUUGGACACCUUGUUCUGGGUCGUGUAUCAAUGACCAGAGCAUAAACGUCACCAUCCCUUCAAGAGCGCGAGGACGAACCUGCACAAACCCCCUCCCCUCUGCUGACACGGUUCCACCAGGUAAGAGUUGCCAUGGAAACAACUUCCAACUACAGGACUGCAGCGAACUCCCCAACUGUCCAGUGCAUGGGAAUUGGGGGGCAUGGUCUCCACCUGGACCGUGCUCAGUCUCUUGUGGGGAGGGACUUCGGCUGUCAAUGCGGAGAUGUGAUUCCCCCCCUCCUAAAUAUGGUGGAAGAUUCUGUGAUGGAUCGAGCACUCGGAGCAGCAGCUGUCAAAGUCCCUGUCCCGUGGACGGGCUCUGGACCGGUUGGUCCACUUGGGGUGAGUGUUCUUCUUCCUGCAUCUCACAAGGCCCAGUCCCCAUCAGAACUCGCCAACGCACCUGUUCUAACCCCGCCCCUUCAUCAAGCCCGCCCGGCAGGAGUUGCCAGGGUGAAGACAGCCAGACGGCGAACUGCAACCACCUGCCUCACUGCCCAGUGGAUGGGGGCUGGGGGUCUUGGUCUCCCUUCACUUCCUGUCCUGUUACCUGCGGUGUGGGGCUUCAGGUGUCGUUCAGGAGGUGUGAGAACCCUCCCCACCAACACGGUGGACAGCCAUGUCCUGGAGAGGGACGUCGCACCAGACCCUGCAAGACCGAUGUCCACUGUCCAGUGGAUGGGGUGUGGUCACAGUGGUCGCCAUGGAAACCGUGUAUAUACCCAUUCAGAAAGAAGAGCAUCAACUGCGAGAAGGCGGGUGGCAGUCAGAUCCGAGAGCGUCAAUGUCUUUAUCAAGCUCACAACGGGUCCAUCUGCAGUGGAACGGAUCUGACCGACAGGCGGGUCUGUUACGAUGUCGACAAAUGUCCAAUUCAGGGAAUCUGGGAUAGCUGGGAGACGUGGAGUUUUUGUAAACCUUCCUGCGGAGUGAAAUCCAGACGCUUCAGGAGAAGAGUCUGUACACCGGAUUACAGUGGGUACAGACCUACUAUUGGUCGUCAGGGGGAGCCAGCAACGUUCUUCGGGACUCCAGACUGUGGCGUUGUACCUGACGGCAAGAAGGUUGAAAUUCAGCCCUGUAUCAAUGCUCCUGCCUGCCCCUGAAAAGCGAUGACUUCAACAACACCAAACACCGUCCCGAUGACUUUCACAUCGUCCAAACUUCAUUCAUUCAUGUUUUCCGACUUAAUAAACAUCACCAAGGUAACAGGUUCACUAAACACCAAUACGUCUGUCAAACUGUUGAGUUUGACAUCACAUCCUCACUGCAGAAUUCAACCACAAAUCAACACGACGCAUUAAUCAAUGCUGACGUUACACACUCAGCAACACCAUCCCACUGAUCCCCGAUGACUGGAACAACAGCGACACAAUACACUCACAGACGACUCGGUCAAAAACACAACACACUAUUUGAUCAUUUUGCCAAAAAAUGCAAAACGCUCCACGAUGAUUUUUAACAUCAUCAUAACCCUCUCAACGACGAGUUUUAAAACAUUGUUCACCAAUACGGCUUCUUUCUUUAAGAUUUGUUUUUUUUUUAUGCCUUUAACGGAGAGUCAGAAAUCUGGGGGAGGGGGAGAAAGUGGGGAACGACAUGGGUGAAAGGAGACACAGGUUGGAUUCAAACUAACCACGAGGCAACCAUUGCCAGUGGUGUAGUGGUGUUUAAAGAAGUGCAAACACUGUACUCUUCAUCUUCCCGCCCAGCAGAGGAUAAACGGUCUGUCAUAAACAGUGACAUGUAAGACUUCUCUUGCAUAUUUAGUCAGUGCGUACUAGCCAAUUAGAGACAGAGUAGGGAGGGUCAUCCCUUCACCAUCCUGAGAUAAACUAUUGCUGAAUAAUGCUGAAUGUUGUCAGUCAAUAAAUGGUGAAUCAAAGGGGAUUUGAAAGUGGGUACACCCUAAGGAGACUGAAGGGAAUACUCCAUAAACCUGUGUAUACCCUGCACUCAACCCCUGACCAAUAUAUCACCACUGAGUUUAACAAAAACAACAACACAACAUGAAGACACCAUCCGCAAAGAUGGUUUUUCACAGCCCCAGCACAACAUGAUCACCGAUGAGUUACCACGGCGACACCACAGGCAGGGCUCCAAAUGAGGCCAACACUUUGCGUUUGUAUUUUAAAUGUUCAAGACCGAAACGUAUUCAAGUUUACUUACUCUUGAUGCAUACUCAUAAUUGAUUUGUGCAAUCUUAUUCUGAUCCAUAACAAAAGUGUAUAAGGAAAUAAGUGAAUGACGAGAAUGAUCCAAAACCUUAAUGAAAAUAAGAACAUCUGUCUCACUACUUUUCUAAGCAGUUUGUCAUAUCUGAAUGUACUGUAUAAAAGAUGGAUGAUAUUAAAAAUACAAUAAAGAGUAAAAGGAUGCGUUAUUACUUCA